AUGCCAGCCAUCCUGGUGGCCUCCAAGAUGAAGUCAGGACUCCCCAAACCCAAACCGGUGCACAGCGCCCGGCCCAUUCCCCAGCAGACCCCCAGCAGGCCGUCGGCUCUCUCUCUGCCUCCGGCGCCCGUCAAGAGCCACAUCCCGUCGCUGGGCCAGCAGGUGGUCUCAGGACCCCCGAGGAGCAAGGCUGCAGGGUCCGAGGCUGGAGAGAACACUCAGAUCUACACGGACUGGGCCAACCAUUACCUCGCCAAGUCGGGAACCAAGCGUCUGAUCAAGGAUCUGCAAACAGACGUCGCCGACGGAGUGCUGCUGGCCGAGAUCAUCCAGGUCGUAGCCAAUGAGAAGAUCGAUGACAUCAAUGGCUGCCCCAAGAGCCGCUCUCAGAUGAUUGAGAACAUCGAUGCCUGCCUCACUUUCCUGGCAGCCAGAGGAGUCAACAUCCAGGGUCUGUCUGCAGAAGAGAUUCGGAAUGGGAAUUUGAAAGCCAUCCUUGGCCUCUUCUUCAGCUUGUCCCGCUACAAGCAGCAGCAGCAGCAGGCCCAGCGGCAGCCCCCCCUCCCGUCCCAGGGCGCCCACCCGCCCCUGAGCCAGCAGAGCAGCGCCCCGGCCCAGCUCGGCCCCCCCCCGGCCCAUGGGACUCCGGCCCUCGCAGCCCAGAGAGCAGCGCAGGCCGACAUGCAGUCCAGGGAUGGAUCUCAGAGUAAACUACUCAAGUUUUCCCUCGGUCAGAAAAAGACCUCUAGACUUCCCGGCCCCACCAUGAGGGCGUCCACUGCCGGCGGUGACAUUCCCCCCCGAGGCUCGGUCGGUGCUGCCGGGAACAGACGCAGCCAGGGUUUCAGUGACAAGACCAAAGCCAACUCACACCUGAACAGAGAUUCCUCAGAGGGUUUGACCUCGCAGCCGUCGGUGAUGACUGAGCAUGCUCCGUCCUCCUCCACCAGCACCCCCGCCGCCGCCGCUACCUCCACCCUGAUUCCUCCCUCGUCUUCAUCGACGUCCUCAUCCUCCUCGUCCACAGCCAUUCCCACGCCGAACAGCAACAGCAAGCCGUGGAGGAGCAAGUCCAUGAGCUCCAAGCACUCGUCCUCCUCCUCUCUGUCCUCCACCAGCACCCCCACGUCGGCCAUGCAGUCCGUCAAGCAGGAGAAAGACACCUCCGGCAAAACGGCUGCAGCAACCGAAGCUCCUCCUCCUCCGAAGGCCGUCGCUCAGAAGUCGAUGCUGGAGAAGCUCAAGCUCUUCAACAGCAAAGGAAGCUCCAAGUCGUCCACCUCCUCCAACGGAGUCGGGGCCCAGACUGAGAGUUCUGCCCCGGCUAGGCAGCUCGGAGCAGGGCAGGUGGAGACCGGCUCCAACACCGAUCUCCUGGGACAAGAUGAAGGUAACGUCCGACCGGGAAUGAACGGAACCAGCAACGGUGCGGCUCCAGGAGCAGGAGCAACUGUCGCCACAAUUGCCAGCAGCCCCAAAAUCGCCCUGAGGGGAAUCGCCCAGCGGACCUUCAGCCGAGCUCUGACUGCCAAGAAGAGCUCUGUCAAAGGCCUCGAGAAGGAAAAGGAGAAGGAGAGGGUGAAGGAGAAGGAGAAGGAGAGAGGGAAGGAGGUGGGGAAACGCGUCUCGGUCCCUGACAGGACGGAGCUCAGGGGAGAGGAGACGAAGGAGGAAGUGUCGCCCGUCACCGCAGACGCAGACAGCUCAAAUAAAAGGACGUCUAAAAUCGCCAGCUUCAUUCCCAAAGGAGGGAAAGCGGCGAAGAAGGAGAGUUCCACUCCUGCACACAGCGGAAUACCAAAGCCAGGAGGCAAAGCCCCGGGAGUGGGGGGGAAGGCCUCCUCAGUGAAGGAGGCCGGGGAGAGGCCUCGGAGCAUGCGGUUAGGAGGGGGUCUCGCCAUGCACCGCGGCCCCCUGGAGAGAGACAGGGACAGCAGACACUCCAGCUCUACCUCCAGCCUGGCCUCCAGCGAGGGCAAGAGCAGCGCCGCCCCUGUGGCCGGAGGCGGCACGACACAGAGCACAGCCAGCAACACGGUCAGCGUGCAGCUACCUCAGACCCAACAGCACCACAGCCAUCCCAACAUGGCCACCGUGGCACCCUUCAUGUACAGAUCCCAAACAGACGACGAGGGAACCGGCAGCACUGAGGGAGGCUCGGGGGGGAGAGGUGGAGACGUUGCCUUGACCAAGUCCGGCCAGCCCUCCAUCGAGGACCUCUCAGGUGAAGAUCCAGAGACGAGAAGGUUGAGAACGGUCAAGAACAUUGCAGACCUGCGGCAGAACCUGGAGGAGACCAUGUCCAGCCUGAGAGGAACUCAGGUCUCACACAGCACCUUGGAAACCACCUUCGACGGCAGCGUCACCACAGACAUCAGCAGCAGCGGUGGCGGCGGCUGCAGCAGCAACAACGGCGCCGCUGGUCGCAGCAUCCUCAGCCUCACCUCUAGCCGCCCCUCCCUGUCGUCAUGGCGACUGGGCCAGUCCAGCCCUCGUCUGCAGGCGGGCGACGCCCCCUCGUUGGGGAAUGGCUAUGGUGGGCGGGUGGGCAGCGGCAGCAGCCAGGGAGGACGCUACCUGUACCCCGGGCACCUCCGACGGCAGCUGGCCGGCAGAGGAGGAGCCAUCUGCAGCGUGGAGCUCGGAGACAGAGCCGGGGAGGACCUGGACCUGGACGGCAUCGCCAUGGAGGUCACCGGCUACAUGAGCGAUGGAGACGUGCUGACCAAGAACGCUGCACGCACCGAUGAUGUCACCAGCGGAUACAUGACUGACGGAGGUUUGGGACUUUACACGCGGCGCCUGAACCGCCUGCCCGACAGCAUGGCCGCCGUCCGGGAGACGCUGCAUCGGAAAACCUCGACGGGCCAGGGAGACGCUGACAGCUGGGAUGACAGCAGCUCAGUGAGCAGCGGCAUCAGCGACAACAUUGACACAGAUGACAUCAACACCAGCUCCUCCAUCUCCUCCUACGCCAACACGCCGGCGGCCCAGCGCAAGGGUCUCAACGCACAGCCUGUGACGGAUGCGGAGAAGCACUCGGCCUCCACCGCGCUGCACCAGGCCUGGUCAGGAGACGAGGUGAAGAGGUCAGACGGCGGGUCAGACAGCGGGGUCAGGAUGGAGCCGGGAUCCAAGUGGAGCCGCAGGAACCCCUCCGACAUUUCAGACGAGUCGGACAAGGGGGGCUCGGGCAGGAAGACCCCUGCUGUGUCCCACACGGGCUCCUGGAGGAGGGGCAUGAGCACUCAGGUGGGGGUGACGUCCCCUCGGACCAAGAGCUCCAGCAGCACCGGCUCCUCGGGCUCCGUCGGCCUCAAGGGCCACAGCUCAGGAAAGACGGAUGACGUCAAGGUGUCGGAGAAGGGACGCGUGUCCCCUCGUGCUAACGGGCUCCAGCGCUCGCCCUCGGACGCCGGACGCAGCAGCGGCGACGAGACGAAGAAACAUUCUGUCUCCAGCAGCCGGGCGUCCACACCCAACGUCCUCACGCACACCGUCUCAGACCCACACUCACAGACACACACGCACACCUCACGCACGCCGACCAGCACCUUCGGCUUCAAGAAGCAGGGCCAUGGGAUGGUAACCAUGGUUACAGCCAGCGGUGCCACCAUCACCAGCGGUUCGGCCACCCUGGGGAAGAUGCCCAAAUCUGGGGCGCGCUCACUAGCGGGAGGCCUGAAAGCCAGCGGGCAGGACGGCGGGGGGGCCCUGGGUCACCAUGACGACGGCUUCCUGUCCAUGAGCGCCCGCUCCACGCUGCAGUACCGCAGCCUGCCCAGGCCCAGCCGCUCGGGGGCCGCCGCCCGCCACGGGAACCGCUCGUCCACCAGCAGCAUCGAGGCCGCCGUGCUCUCCGUCACGUCACACGGGAAGAACUCCAUCGGCCUCGCCAAGGCCAACGGCUCGGGGGGGCUCCUGGCCAAUCAGACGGACCGGGAGAAGGGGGUCUCGGACAUCGACAGCCUGAGGGGCGCGGUCGUGAUGCAGGGGGGCGGAGCCGCGACUGUUCCUCUGACUGGGAGGCAGCAGGUCUCCUCACCCACGCUCCGCAGGUUGUUCGGUGGGAAGCCCGGUAAACAGGCUCCGGUCACCACGGCCGAGAACAUGAAGAACUCCGUCGUUAUCUCCAACCCUCACGCCACCAUGAACCACGUGACCACGGUGCUGGAGUCGCCCGACGGAGGCCUGGGGGGGGCAGACAGCGAGACCAGCAGCCCCAUGUUCGGAGGCAGGGCGCUGGGAUCGGGGACUGGUACGCUGGGCAGCGAGCAGGCCUCCAGCCCCGGCUCAGUCUACUCCUCCACCGGCCCCUCCAACAGCCUCACCUGGGGCACCACCUUCAGCAGCUCCUCGGCCCAGAGCCGGGAGAGCACGCUGGGGGGACACGGCGGCACGGGCAGCAUGGGCUACCCCUCCGUCAGCAGCAUGCACACCAGCAGCGAGUCCAUCGACAUGAGUCUGGGCAGCGUGGGAGGAGGGGGGGCCGGCCACGGGACCCACAGGGAGGACACCCUGUCUGCACUGGGACGCACCAACAGCGUCAAGACCGGCAUGUCCGAGAGUCCCCUCUCCUCCCCCACCGCUAGCCCCAUAUUCAGCCGAAACACGCUCCCUCGGAAGCAGGACAGCGGGACGCACUGUGGUAGAAACACUCUGCCUAAGAAGGGACUCAGGUACGGACCCACGCCACAGCUGCGAAGCCACGAGGAGGCGCGUGAUUGGCUGCGCUCCCACUCCACCAGCGGGCUGCAGGACUCGGCCAGUAACUCCCCCUUCUCCCCCGGCUCCAGCAUCACCUCGCCCUCCGGCACGCGCUUCAACUUCGCACAGCUCGCCACCAGCCCGACCUCAGGAGCUCAGAACAACAUCGCCGGCCUGCGCAACAACAGCCUGACCAAUCAGGACGCGACCUUCGACCCCUGUGCCGACAACCGGCUGAGGAACUCCUGCAUGUCGCUGGACGAGAAGACUCGCACCAUGAGCCGCUCGGGCUCCUUCAGGGACGGCUUCGAGGAAGUUCACGGAUCCUCUCUGUCCCUGGUCUCCAGCACCUCCUCCAUCUACUCCACGAACGAGGAGAAGUCCCAGUCGGAGAUCCGCAAGCUGCGCCGGGAGCUGGAUGCCUCCCAGGACAAAGUUUCCGCCCUGACGACACAGCUGAGUGCCAACGCUCACCUGGUGGCAGCGUUCGAACAGAGUCUGGGCAACAUGACCAUCCGACUGAAGAGUCUCACCCUGACCGCCGAGCAGAAGGACUCAGAGCUGAACGAGCUGAGGAAGACCAUCGAGCUGCUGAAGAAGCAGAACGCCGUCGCCCAGGCGGCCAUCAACGGAGUCAUCAACACACCGGAGCUCACGCCGAGACGGGACAGGACAGGCAGCAGCAAUGGGAGCCAGCAGCAGCAUCAGCAGCAUCAGCAGCAGCAUCAUCAGCAGCAGCAGCAGCAGCAGCAGCAGCCGGACCUGCGCAUCCGGAGGCAGCACUCGUCCGACAGCGUCAGCAGCAUCGCCAGCGCCACCAGUCAUUCCAGUGUGGGCUCCAACAUGGACGCCGACGCCAAGAACAAGAAGAGGAACAAGAAGAACUGGCUGCGAAGCUCCUUCAAACAAGCGUUCAGCAAGAAGAAGUCUCCCAAGUCGGCCUCGUCUCACUCUGACAUCGAGGAGAUGACGGACUCGUCUCUGCCAUCGUCUCCUAAGCUUCCUCACAACGGCUCCUCAGCCGCCGGCCACAUGCUCCGGAGCACACACUCCAACUCCCUGUUGUCCGAGUGCCUGGACAGCGAGGCGGAGAUGGUGAUGCAGCUGAGGAGUGAGCUGCGAGAGAAGGAGAUGAAGCUCACCGACAUCCGCCUGGAAGCCCUAAGCUCCGCCCACCAGCUGGACCAGCUCCGGGAGGCCAUGAACCGCAUGCAGCUGGAGAUCGAGAAGCUGAAGUCAGAGAACGACCGUCUGAAGGUGGAGAACCACGGCAGCAGGACGGGUUCUCAGGCCUCCGUCUCCUCGUCUCCUCCCGCUCACACCAACAGCCACGCCGCCGGACCUGGACUGUCCCAGCACAGCCUCAACCUCACCACCAGCGAGUCCACCAGCCUGGACAUGCUGCUGGACGACACCGGCGGAGAUGGAGGGAUGAGGAAGGAGGGAAGACACGUCAAGGUCGUGGUCAACCUGGAGGAGGACAGCAAGUGGGGAGAGGAGGGUCGGUCUCGCCAUUUUCUGAUCGGAUGCAUCGGCGUGAGUGGUAAAACCAAGUGGGACGUCCUGGACGGAGUGGUCCGACGCCUCUUCAAGGAGUACAUCACCCACGUGGACCCGGUGAGCCAGCUGGGCCUGAGCUCGGACAGCGUGGAGGGAUACAACAUCGGAGAAAUCCACCGGCCCAGCAGCCUCAGCGCCGCCCGCACCCCCGAGCUGCUGCCCUGCGGCUACCUGGUGGGAGACAGCAACACCAUCAGCAUCCAGCUCAAAGGUGUGACCAGUAAGAACGUGGACUCGCUGGUGUUCAACACUCUGAUCCCGAAGCCGAUGCUGCAGCGCUACGUGUCGCUGCUGAAGGAGCACAGGCGGGUCAUCCUGUCGGGCCCCAGCGGCACAGGGAAGACCUACCUGGCCAAUCAGCUGUCCCGACACCUCCUGCUGCUGGAGGGCCGACCUCUGACCCCUCGGGCCGUCGUCACCUUCAACGUGGACCACAAGUCCAGCAAGGAGCUGCGUCAGUACCUGACAGGUUUGGCCGAGCAGUGCAGUGGAGUUCCGGGGGUGGAGAGCCCCCUGGUGGUGAUUCUGGACAACCUGCACCACGUCAGCUCGCUGGGGGAGAUCUUCAACGGCCUCUUCAACUGCAACUCCAAGCACUGUCCGUACAUCAUCGGCACCAUGAGCCAGGCCACGUCCUCCGCCCCCAACCUGCAGCUUCACCACAACUUCAGGUGGGUGCUGUGUGCCAACCACAUGGAGCCGGUGAAGGGAUUCCUCGGACGCCACCUGAGGAGGAAGCUGAUCGAGACGGAGAUCGCCAGCCGCACGCGCAACAUGGAGCUGGUGAAGAUCAUCGAAUGGAUCCCGCGGGUCUGGCACCACCUGAACCGCUUCCUGGAGACGCACAGCUCCUCCGACGUCACCAUCGGACCUCGUCUCUUCCUGUCCUGUCCCAUGGACGUGGAGGGGUCCAGGGUCUGGUUCACUGACCUGUGGAACUACUCCAUCAUCCCCUACAUGCUGGAGGCGGUGCGGGAGGGGCUGCAGCUGUACGGCCGCAGGGCCGGGUGGGAGGACCCGGCCGCCUGGGUGAUUGACACCUACCCGUGGUCGGCCACGCCCACUCCAGCGGAAUGGCCCCCCCUGCUGCAGCUGCGCCCGGAGGACGUGGGGUUCGAUGGCUACUCGGCCCCGAGGGAGGGGGUGAGGAAGGAGCCCCCCCAGAGCGACAGCGACGCAGACCCCCUGAUGAACAUGCUGAUGCGUCUGAAGGAGGCGGCCACGUCCUCCAGCCCACAGAGCUACGACAGCGACUCCAACAGCAACAGCCACCAGGACGACAUCCUGGACUCGUCGCUGGAGUCCACCUUGUGAUGUCAUCAAAACGCCGGUUUCACGUUUUCAGGAGAAACUUUUUUUUUAUUUAAAUAGGGAGCGUUCUCACUGUGAGAGCAUUAGAAAUCCAGCCACCUUAAUUUGGGUGCAGGUAACCCAAAUAUUUAAAAGAAGAGUAAAGUUAAGAUUACAUUUCAGAAAACGGACGACAGAGGUUUCUACUGAACUGUUUAGUUCGUCCUUAUUUCUUUUUUUUUCACCGCUGUGGCCCCGGGCUCCCGUCAGGAGCCUCACGUCAGACAGACAGAAUAAAAGCACACAGGCAUCAUCAUGUCCCUCAUCAUCAUCAACAGCAGCAGCCAGGACUCGUCUCAGUGCAGGUCCGGCUCAUCAGGCUGAGAGACUCCUGGUCCCGCACGGCCGCAGUGCGCCUGCGCUGCCUGCAGAGGGCGAUACAGGCCCUCGUCUGCAUCGGAAAAGCACAGAGGAGGAAGCUGCUGGCUCUGGAUGGAAGAACAAAUCCUUUCUGCUGGAGGAUGAGUUAAGCCAAAGUGAACGUUGAGUCCUGAAACUCUCACUUUCAAAAGCUCCUGAGAACAACUACUGGAAAAACAGUUAUGAAACACGUGUCCCUUAAAAAUAAUUAAAGGUCCAGUGUGUAAGAUUUAGGUGAAAAGGAUCUAUUGGCAGAAAUUGAAUAUGAAAUAAUCCUAGUGAUGAUUUCACAAGUGUUGUUUUCUUUACCGGAGAACGGCCCCUUUAUAUUUAAAUACUUUAUAUUUACAUCAGGAGCUGGUCCCCUUCCACGGAGGCCUCCAUUUAUUUUACAGUAGCCCCAACUGGACAAACUAAACCUUUUGAGUUUUUAAGGUUCUCCUUCAUGUUUCAUGUUCAUCUGCAACGUGAAACUUCACUAGAUUCUACACACUGAACCUUUAAGGAAGCACAAAUAAAAACAGAGUUAUAUUCGAGGCCAGUGGAGAAAAGGUUGAGAUAUAAACACGGGAAACAAAGACCAACUCUGCAGCAACAUUGCUUCAUCCGAACAGGGGAAAGAAAUAAUCCAAACUAAGGAGACAAGCUCGGUCAGCGUAACCAGACAUUCUCACCGCAAUCCCGCUGACGCUCUUUCUUCGGCUGUCCACACAUCAUACGGUGCAUUCCAUCAAGGUCCCCAGUGGUCGCAUCCUGCCUCGGAGCUGAGAAUCCAUUGUUCCAGCAGAGAGUCGUUCCUUUUGAAACGGAGCAAAAUAACUUUGAAUCGCACAAAACACAACUCAGACCUACUGGAAAUAAGAAAAGAAAAAAGCUUUUCUUGUCCAGUGCAACAUCUGUGGCUAAUUUGACAAAGCCAGCGAGAACAGAAUCGAAUUUACAAAAAAUCCCCUUUAGUUCUCACAAAGGAGCAAAGACUUUGACUAUGGCUUGAUUUAUCCUUUUAACUAUAACAGUAUUGGAAGUCUUGUCAUUUUCGACCCGUUUCUGUGCAAUUUCACAAACCUCCACCACUUCUUGCUUUAACCUCUCAGAUCUCGACGCACAUUUUGUGGCCCAAACAGGCUGUUGUAGCACAAGUCUCCUUUUCUGGUGCUGGACUGAAUCCCAUAACAAACAAUGCCUUACUUCUUCUUCUUUUAGUUUCUUUUCGAACAGACUAUGUGCAUUCGCCGAGUCUUUAUACGUCUGAACGGCUGUAAACUUUAACUAACAGGGCUCCGAUCUCUCAUCAUAUCAAACACCAGUGGCCGUGGUCAUGGAGGAGCCGGUGCUGGGAAGCUGGUGUAGAUAUGUGGACCACUAGCAGGAAAGAGAAACAUAUAAAUGUGUGUGUGUGUGUGUGUGGUGCUGGACGUGAGAAGUUGCGUCAGGUUGACAGGAUGAGGGAAGUUUAAGAUGUCUUGAUUUUAUACCUCAUCCCCAUCCUGUAACUUUGCUUUCCUCCACGCGCAUCGUCUGUGUCGUGUGUUUCUUUGUGAUGAACAAAACUAAUUAAGUGAGAACUAGUGUAUAUGCUGCUUUGUUUAUAGACAUAUAACUAAUCGGAGGUUUAAGAUAUAAAAAGGUUACUUGUGGUUGAGCGAUGAUGUAAACAAUUGUAAAAAACUAAAGACAAAAACGGCUUCACAUCGUUUCUACGGCUCAAAGAUAAUAAAGUCAUUCUACUACUUCUUUGUAUUUGAACCUCCCAGUCUGCCUCCUGGGACGGGCAGGGGGGGGGGGGGCGGCUUCCAUCACUUUCAGUGUUUUUGUCACCGAUGCUAUGCAAAGUUCAUUCUUAUCUCCAAAUGGAAGCCAAAAUGUGCAUUUAUCCCCCCCGAGCAGAUUGCAGCACUGCCGAGACGUACAGCAUGGAUUGAGAUUUGUUUCUUUUGGGGGGUUUGUGGCAGAAGUUCUUUGUCUGUGUGUGUGUGUCUGUGUGUGUGUGUGUGUGUGUGUGUGUGUGUGUGUGUGUGUGUGUGUGUGUGUGUGUGUGUGUGUGUGACUCCCAGAGAAUCUCCUGCUGCAGUCCCUGUGAGCACAAAGAGACGGACUCUCGUCUGCUCUCGGUGUCGAAGCAUCAGACCCGUCGGUCGGUUUUAUUGCCCACAAACUCGAUGAAUGUUUAGCCUUCUUUGCUAUGUACAUUUUUUUCUAUAUGUAACAUAACUCUGUAAAUAGUUGGUUAUCCUGCAGCAUUUUGAUGACUUUUUCUAGACGAUUUGUUACGGUACUUGAAAGAAAAGGAAGUAUUUUGUGUACAGUCUCUUUACAUCAGAGCAGAUCGAUGCCGUUUGUCAUCACCGGUCUGUCCAGGGCUCGGAGAAUUGAAUCUGAUAUCACUGUACUAGUCUUAAGUUAUUGUGAUUCAAUAAAAUGUAUGAUUAUUUAUGAUUUAA